GGCCUAAAAAGACCUCAUUCACCAUACUUCAUCCUUUGAUUUCAUUCAUAAUCUUUCAUCCCCCUAGAAUUCUUCACUGUUGGUUGAGGUGGCCGAACCCUUGAUCUACCCCGGCCGCCCCAGCACGCCAUACACAUCACUUGUUUAAUCGUGUAUUCGAAUACAUUCACAUCUCUAGAUCCACAUUAGACCGCGGACAUUGUUAUUAAACAUGACUUCAUCAACAUCAACAUCAGCAUCAUCGUCAUGGUCCUCCUCACCUUAUGAUUCCGAGACUGAGGACCUACAACUCAUAGAACGUGCACCCCCAUUUUGGAAGAACACGAAAAAAAUCCUUUCGAGACAACUCUCAAUGUUAGAGACAGAACGCGAGUUAGCAUGGGAAAAGAAACGCCAUCAAAUGCGCAUGCAAGGGCAAAAGAGGGACCUCACCAUUGAAGACCCUAAUGAAUUGUUUGAUGAGGAUCUCAAUGAGCUCAAGGGUUGCAUUGAGCUUGGUUUUGUCUUUAAUGAAGAGCAAGGUGGUCAAAGUCUAGCCAACACCUUCCCUGCCCUUGAUGCAUAUUUUGCUUUAAAUAGACUCACGAGCCCUACCAUAAGCCCGCGUAGCACGAGUUCAUCAAGAUCAAAAUUUGAUCGGUUUGGUUCAUCGUCAUCGAAAUCGUUAGAUGAAGGAAGUUUGUCACAAAUUAGUAGCGACGAUCCAUGGAAGAUUUGUAGCCCAGGAGAGAAUCCUCAACAAAUUAAGACAAAGUUGAGACAUUGGGCUCAACUAGUUGCUUGUUCGGUCAGGCAGUCUUCGUCCUGACAGGAAACUAGAGAAUGAUACAUACAUCGAAUUCAAGAUGUGAGACAUGGAAAGAUAGAAAACGUGAAUCAAGCAUUUCUAUAAAGAAGGCGGAACAGUGAAUUUGGUGUACACCAACGACCGGUGCAAAAAUGUUGCUCACCUGAGUUGUGUCGGGUUAGUAUUGAUGUGUACGUAUAUUUAGGAUCUUAGGGGGAUGCUAUACAUGAGAAGGACAUCAUAAAUAAUGUUAACAGUCACAAAGUGAGGAAUGUUAAAAAGCAAUAUGUGCAA